AUGACACUCCAAACAAGUGAUGAUCUCCUCAUCUGCACCAACUGCGGUACCCAGUACGCUGAGACGUCAAAUCUUCCCGAGUGCCGCAUCUGCGAAGAUCCUCGACAGUGCAUAACUCCAGCUGGACAGACGUGGACGACACUGAAGGAACUCAAGGCCAAGGGGCACAAGAAUGCCUUUGAAAGGCAGGAGAAUGACUCCAAGGUGGUAGAGAUAUGGACCGAGCCAAAGUUUGCCAUUGGACAAGGCUCGUGUUUCAUCCAGACGCCUCAUGGAAACGUCAUGUGGGAUUGCAUUGCCUUUCUCGACCAGGACACGGUCAAUAAGAUCAAUGAACUGGGUGGUCUCAAGUUCAUCGUCAUCUCGCACCCUCACAUGUAUACGACCUGGGCAGACUGGUCCCGCACCUUCAAAUGUCCCGUUUACGUGUCGGAACCGGAUUCCAUUUGGAUCAACCGCAGAGACGCCCCAGGAGCCGAGCUCAGGAUCAUCACGGACAAGUACACAGAACUCCUCCCUGGCCUUACGACGGCCAUCUGUGGGGGGCACUUUGACGGUAGCAUGGUAAUGCAUUCGGCUGUUCCCAACACUGAUCUUCCGAGCCUCUUUGUGACCGACACAAUCUUUAUCGUCGCGUCAGGCCACAACCCUGACCCCGGAAAACGAUCCGACAUCAUCUCGUAUCAGUUUCUCAGGAGUUUUCCCAACAUCAUUCCUUUGGCUCCAGAUGUUGUUUUGCAAAUCUGGAGAUCGCUGAAGCCCUUUGAAUUCAAGGCCACGUAUGGUGUCUGGGCCAAGGUGAUGAACAAUUGUAGGUGGACGCUGCACUAA